CACACAUUCAUUCUCUCACUAUGAUUUGUGAUCCAGUGACUCUCAACCCCCUCCGCAACUUUAAAAUUUUCCCCUUUAUCAAAUCUCUUUUGACACUUGAAGACAGCAAUUUCUGCUUAUAAUUCUCCAGACAGAGAAUUUAAGUAAUGGCAACGAAAAGCAAGAUUUUGUUCAUUGGAGGGACAGGAUACAUAGGAAAAUUCAUCGUGGAAGCUAGUGCUAAGGCAGGCCAUCCUACUUCUGUUCUUGUCAGGGACUCCACUCUCUCUAACCCUGCUAAAUCCAAUGUCAUUGACAACUUCAAGAAUCUUGGGGUCAAUUUCCUCAUUGGAGAUUUGUUUGAUCAUGAGAGUUUGGUGAAGGCUAUAAAGCAAGUGGAUGUGGUGAUCUCUACAGUGGGUCAUGCUCAGUUAGUUGAGCAAGACAGGAUCAUUGCUGCUAUUAAAGAAGCUGGAAAUGUUAAGAGAUUUUUCCCAUCAGAGUUUGGAAAUGAUGUGGAUAGAGUGCAUGCUGUUGAGCCAGCAAAAUCAGCAUUUGCUACGAGGAGAAGAGCUAUUGAGGCUCAAGAAAUUCCGUUCACCUAUGUAUCUUCCAACUUUUUUUCUGGCUAUUUCCUUCCUUCUUUGAACCAGCCUGGAGCUACUGCUCCUCCAAGAGAUAAAGUUGUCAUCGUAGGUGAUGGAAAUCCUAAAGCUGUUUUCAACAAAGAAGAUGACAUUGCCACCUAUACUAUCAAAGCAGUAGAUGAUCCCAGAACCGUGAACAAAAUUCUCUACAUUAGACCCCCAGCCAACACUAUCUCAUUCAAUGACCUUGUCUCCUUAUGGGAGAAGAAGAUUGGGAAAACCCUUGAAAGGAUCUAUGUUCCAGAGGAACAACUUCUUAAAAAUAUCCGAGAAGCUUCAGUUCCAUUAAAUGUAAUUUUAUCAAUCCAUCACUCAGUGUUCGUGAAGGGAGAUCAUACCAACUUCGAGAUUGAACCAUCAUUCGGUGUAGAGGCUUCAGAGCUUUAUUCUGAUGUCAAAUACACUACUGUGGAUGAAUACCUGAAUCAAUUUGUCUGAGUGUUCUACGUCAAGCGGCAUUACCUUAAUAAAUAAUCAUGUAGAUGGUCGUAAUAGUUGCACUUAUAUACGUUAUUAAAUUACCACCAAGAGUGGACAUCUUGUGGACCAGCUGGGGAUUUACUUUCUGUAUAAUUAUUUCACUAUCUAAAGUAAUAUCUUUUUGCCUAUAAGGUUUUGCUUUUU